GGGUGUCGUGUUGUUCAACAGUUAACAGUACAGUAGAGUGCAUAACAAACAACAGCAUAACAGCGCACUCCGCCACUGUUAAGCGCACAGGGGCGAAUCUCGGUGCCUUUGGAGUCGCCACUUGGAUGCGGUUGCGGAUGCGGGCAGAGGAUGCGGAAGCGGUGAUACUAGCAUGCAUUCCCACACGAACGAGACGCCGGCGGCGGUGGCUGGAGCUCCGGGCGUGGUCACGAACGGAGCAGGAGGAUCGGCUGCUGCCGCUGGAGGAGGAGGAGGAGGAGCACAUGGCAGCACGGAGGGCAAGAUCCGGUGCAUCUUCCUCAGCGAGUUCGAUGCGACGGCGGGCUGCAAGAUAAGCUGCCAGGUUCCCGAUAACUACAUAUCCAAGGAUGUGUUCGACGCCAUCAACGUGUACAUCAUACCCAAGCAGCACCUGCAGCGCUGCAUCCUCACCGUGAACGCGAUGAACGUGAAGAUCGUGGGCUAUCCGGUGGGCAUCCAGGACCAGCAGAAAUACGCCCGCAACGCCUUUCUCUUCAACUUGUGCUUCGUCUGCGACUCGCGGGCACGGAGCGUCCAGUACGAGCCGGUGGUGAAGAAGCUGUCCGAGUACCUGAUCAUGAUGGAGGAGGAGUCAUGCUUCCUGUCGCGCGAGGACGACAAGCGGCGGCUGCAGAAGAUCUUCGAGACGGUGCUGCGCGAUCUCAACGAGCGCAAGGUGGCCACCAUUGUGGAGGGCGACAAUACGAUCUACCUAAAGAUAGUGAUGCACAAACCGGAUCCACCGCCUGUCAAGGAUCACAUGGUGCCGCUGCUGCUGGCCAAUCUGCGCGACGCUCCGCUGGACAACUGGGACCUGACCACACAGCAGAUCCUGCCCUACAUCAAUGGGAUCAAUCAUGUGGCCCGCAUUGCCGCCGAGGCGGAUGUGGAGACGGAUCUGGUGAAGUCGUGCAUCCAGAAUUUGGUCUACUACGGCGUCGUCCAGCUGCUGCCCAUCCUGAAGUACAGCAACGUCUACAUGACCCAGAACCUCAAGCAUCUCAUCCAGAGUGCCGCGCUGAGCGGCGCCUGCCGGAAAUACGUGGCCCUGCGUGCGGAGAAGACGCUGCCCAGUGUGCAGCGCAUCUUCCAGUUCUACGCCUCGAUGACGCACGGCGUCACCCUGCGCGCCAUCUGCCAGCGCCUCUGUCCGCAGCACCACAACAUCGACGAGCGGCGCAUGGUGAUCUUCGGGCUGCAGCAUCGCUUCAUCCGCUGCAUCCACAAGUACCCUGUGUUCACGGGCUCCGUGCCCUCGGGACGCCAGAAGAUGUACACCGGGCUGAUCAGCUUCGACGAGAUCUGCUGCAAGACGGGCCUCUCGCCCGGCACCAUCGAGCGGGACAUCGAGAAGGACACGAAUGUGACUGUGAUCUGGAAGUGAUUGGGUCUGGGAGGUGGGACGGGUAUUUGUAGGCCAACCGAUUGUUAUGUUUCCAAUAGCUUUUUUAUAUACACACAUGUACAAAGGGAA